GGAUAUUUGCUAAUUUGUGUAUUUUAGGUGUUGUGCUUGUUAUCUCCUAAUAAAAUAUAAUAUGAGCUAGUAACUAAAUGUCACUCACAAUGCCAACACAAGUUGCAGAACCAACAAUUAUUGAUGUUUGGCGGUAUAACAUGGAUGAGCAGUUUGCUGAAAUGAGAGAAACACUGGAAAAGUAUCCUUAUGUGGCUAUGGACACAGAAUUUCCUGGAGUAGUUGCUCGUCCUAUUGGAGACUUUAAAAGUUCCUCUGAUUAUCAGUACCAAUUACUUCGAUGUAAUGUAGACCUUCUAAAGAUCAUCCAAAUUGGUUUCACAUUUUAUAACGAAAAAGGGGAACAACCACCUUCUGGAUCGACUUGGCAAUUUAACUUUAGUUUUAAUUUAGGUGAAGACAUGUAUGCUCAGGAUUCAAUUGAAUUGCUAGUUGGGUCUGGUAUACAAUUUAAAGGACAUGAAGAAGACGGUGUAUGUGUGAACCGAUUUGCUGAAUUGUUGUACACUUCAGGAAUUAUGUUGUCAGAUAAUGUUUACUGGUUAUCAUUUCAUAGUGGAUACGAUUUUGGUUACUUGUUAAAGUUGUUAACAAACCAAGCACUACCAGCUGAAGAAUCCGAGUUUUUCGAAUUAUUGAGACUUUAUUUUCCAAAAGUUUAUGAUGUUAAAUAUUUAAUGAAAAGUUGUAAAAGCUUGAAAGGUGGUUUGCAAGAAGUAUCGGAGAUUUUAGAGUUAGAAAGAGUUGGUCCUCAACAUCAAGCAGGGAGUGAUAGUUUACUCACCGGCGCUGCUUUCUUCAAAAUGAGAGAGAUGUUCUUUGAAGACAACAUAGAUGAUGAUAAAUAUUGCGGCCAUUUAUUUGGACUUGGCGCGUCAUACUCUACUGGAAAUUCAGCGCUGGCGUAUAAAUCUGGGCAAGACGUUCGAGAUGGUAUUUGAGCACAACAAUCUCGCAAAAAACACCGACAUGGAAAAUAAACAUAAUUUCGUAAAUGAACGUGGUGACAGCUCUCCUGUGGAUGAUGUAAAUAGUAGCGAAGACACCUUGUGAAUGGUUUUUAGGUUUAUUUUUAAGAAAAACACUAUUUCUUUUC